AUGCACUUCGUGGGCUAUGCGGACAUGGCUGCGGCUGUGUCGAAUGCUGGUGGCCUGGGGAUCAUCACAGCAUUGACGGUGGCCCAGCCCCCAAAGGGCAAAGAGGCUUUGCGAGACGAGAUCAGGAAAUGCCGCCAGCUGACUGACAAGCCGUUUGGCGUGAACAUCACGCUGUUGCCAGUAGGAGUUCCUCCGGACUUUGAUGGCAUCGUGCAAGUGUUGAUCGAGGAGAAGGUCAAGGUAGUCGAAACAGCCGGGCGCAACCCCGAGAAGGUGAUCAAACAGUGCAAGGACGCUGGCAUGUUCGUCAUCCACAAAUGUGUGGCAGUGAGGCACGCAUUGACGGCACAGAAGAUGGGUGCUGACAUGAUUUCGAUGGACGGUUUUGAUUGCGGCGGCCAUCCAGGUGAGGAAGACGUGGGAAACUGGGUGCUGUUGGCGCAGGCUUCGCAGGAGCUAUCCAUUCCCUUCGUCGCAAGCGGAGGUACUGCGACAGGGGUCCAGCUGGCUGCAGCGCUUGCGAUGGGUGCCGAGGGGAUCAACAUGGGGACACGCUUUAUGGCGACCAAAGAGGCACCCAUUGUACAGCCCAUCAAGGAUGUCAUGGUGAAGGCCAAAGUGACGGACACAACCCAUGUCUUCCGCAGCUUGAAAAACACCGAGCGGGUGUACAAGAACAAAACAGCUGCAGAGGCGGUGAGUUUACUAAUGGAUGAUCCGAGCAAACCCAAGGUGCUCAUCCACCCGAAUGAUGAACUGCAGUUCAUACCCAUGCUCACCGCCUGUCCAGAGUUGCUGCCGUUGCUUCAUGCAGCUGGAGUGGCUUCUGCUGCUGCGCUGGCGGCCACGUGCAGCAGCGCUGCUCCGGUGCACGCUGCACUCCCAAAGGUGGCACGUGCUGCACCGAUCACAGGUGUCUUACUAGCGCGUGCAGACUAUGCUCAACUGCUUCACUGUCCAGACCUCUCGGACGGUACAUGGCACGAGGUGCCGCUUCCACAGGGCAUGCCCACCUAUCUUAGCUGCGCAGCAGCCUUCUAUCGGGACCACAUUUACACAGUUGGUGGCGGUGCUCCAUAUUUGGAUGGGAAAGUCGUUCGGGCAACAUGCUACAAUUUGAGGGACGGCACCUGGUCGGAGCUGUCGCCGAUGCCGACAGCCAGGAGCCACUGUGCGGCUGUCGGCUGCUGUGGAAGGUUGGUGGUCAUUGGUGGCAAAGCAGAUGAUGACCAGCCACUGGACACGGUGGAGGUUUUUGAUCUUGCUCAAGGAGAAUGGGAAUGCUGGUCGUGCUUGCCGAUGGGUUUAAGCUGUUGCAGUGCCGUGUCCGUUCACAGGCUGCACAGUGUGGUGGCUCUGGGCUGUGACGAUCAGCGUACUCACUUGUUCUGUGGCGAUCUGGCCGCAAAGGAGUGGAGAAGCCUUCCAGCAAUGCCUCGGGAAAGGUGGCAACCCGCCCUAUUGGAGCUCGCAGAGUACUUGAUCACGAUAGGUGGCAUGGUGCAUCCAGAUGAAGAUAUUGGAGCUGUUGAUGUUUUUGACAUGCGGACUGGUCAAUGGACAUCAGCCAAUCAUGGCUUGCACGUGCAGAAACUCGAGUCCGAGAAACCAGGGGAUUUCUUUGCCAUUGCCCACCUAGUCAAGGGUGAGAAUUAUCGAAAAUCCUUCCAGGAGACUGGAGAUUCCGAGAGCUCCGUGUGGUCCUGCGGCCAGUCCAUUGGCCUGAUAAAGGACAUCCCCACAUGCCAGGAGCUACUUGAUAGGAUGGUGGUCGAGGCAGAGGACAUCAUCAGAAAUAGGUUACAGUCGAAGCUCUGA